CAACCUUAAAAUUAGUUCGUGGAUCGCCGCCAUACGGUACAGACAUAGCACGCAUAUUGACCGAAGGCGUGUAGCUAUAACAAGCGCUGGCACAUUUGUGUGGACAACAUCUUUGAAAGAUGGCAAAAUUUGAUUUCAUUCAUCUCAUCUCGUUCGUGAUAUUCUUAUUUAGUGCUUUAAAGGUUACCAACAGUCAGGGAACGUUCUUGGUUGAUCUAAGGAGUUAUACAGAGCAUGUAAAAGGUGUCGGUGUCAGAUAUCGAUGUCUCAAGCUGUGUGUGACGACAUCGCCUUCUGGUUUUCCACGUUGUAACCUCAACACGACAGCAAACACAAAGGAUAGAGCCUGGAUACAACUUACAGAGGACGUUUAUAAUCCCUGGGCCUACGACACCAUCCCAACAUUUUCAUUUUCUGAUUGGGAGGACAACAGUGAACUGAGUGUAGUUGUCUGGACAAUUCCCACAUCAUCAACAACAUUAUGUGAAACAACAGAUCCAACCAACACCACAACUCUUGGUGAGGCAACUGUAAUUAUACCACGAUUAGAACAAUAUAAAGUAUACGAUAUAAGUACAGAUAAUUGGACACUGGAGGUAUCAACUAGGUUAAAGUGCAAGAUUACUGGAUGCCUUGCUCCUUGUGUGGCUCGAGACAACAGCACAGGUCACUACACUUGUGAUGAAGGAAAUAAAAAAUGUCUUCCAAAGUGGUUUGGUGAAAAUUGUCUCAAAACUUGUGUCAAACCAAGUGAUCCACCUGCAGGACACUACAAAUGUUCCAAGACUGGUCAAAAGGGAUGUCUUCCAAACUGGUUUGGUGAAAACUGUACAACAUACUGUGAUAAAAGCUCAUCAGCUUACACUUGCGACGAAGAAGGGAAAAGAACCUGCUUCAAAAACUGGUUUGGCAAGGACUGCGCAACGUUUUGCGUCAGUAACCGGACGGAUACCCACGCUGGAAAUUAUUUAUGCGACAGCAUUGGAAAUCGCGUAUGUUUACAACACUGGUAUGGAAAAAAUUGCACAGACUAUUGUAACAACAGCGCUGUGAAUUAUAAAUGCGACGAUAAGGGGUCAAAAGUGUGUUUAAGAAAUUGGUAUGGUGUUAACUGUUCAAAGUUCUGUAACAACAACGAUAAAAAAUUCAAAUGUAACGUUGACGGUGACAAAGUUUGCAUGAGAAAUUGGUAUGGUGUUGAUUGUUCAAAGUUCUGUAACAACACGGAUAAAAGAUUCAAAUGUAACGUUGACGGUGACAAGGUUUGCAUGAGAAAUUGGUACGGUGUUAACUGUUCAAAGUUCUGUAACAACAGCGAUGUGAGAUACAAAUGUGACAAUCGUGGAGAUAAAAUCUGUUUAAGAAACUGGCAUGGUAAGAAUUGCUCGAGGUUCUGUGACGAGUCUUCACAUUUGACCAAAGAGGGUGGUCGAUAUCGCUGUGUUAACGGAGAGAAGAUGUGUGCCAAGGACUGGUACGGGGAGAAUUGCAAUAUCAACUGUACUCUGAUUGGUAUUUCAGAAAGUAUCUCAAAGACACCAAACGCAGGAUUGUAUUAUUGUAAAACUGAAGGAAGCAAAGAAAAUCUUGCCAGUUGUCCACAUGGAUGGAAGGAUACGAAAUGUCUGGAAGGUUGUGAAAGUACCGAUCAGAAAGUUCAACAGAUUAAAACAGGUUGCAAUGCCAACAAGGAAAAACGUCUGUUGUGUUCAAACCUUUCAGCCACGUAUGACCUAUGCCAUUUUGUGGCUCCGGAAAAAUUAGAGUCAGAAGGCGCCCGCCGACGCGACGUCUCGGAUGCAACUCUCUAUGGUGCAUUAUUCGGAGUGCUUUUCGUGGUGUUAAUUGUAACCACUGUAAUUGUUGUUUAUGUAAGUUUGAAGAAAAAGCAAACCACGACAACGUCUCCGGCGUCACCAACAUACGAGACCCCAAUUGAAUUGAUGGAUGGUUUCACUCGAGAGUUCAACCGCGCUGAAUUGACUUUGAAUAUUGACGAACUGAUAAGGAGACGAAUGUCAAGAACGGAUGACCUGGGCUAUGAUAACGAAGGCUUGAUGGUUGAAAAUCCGCUGUACGGCUCGGGACGAAACAUGCGUGCCGUGACGCCCUACAAAGAGAUCAAUUCAUCCUCGAAAGACGACGAGGUUUUCACAAUGAACACCAGCAAAAUUUGAUGUUUAAAACGUGCAUCCCCGCCUCUCCCCCUGUCGUCCAGACUCCAGCGUCUCUGUGUGUUUACAUAAUCGACCAUUAAAGUAAUAGACUCUGUACAUAUUAGAACGUUCCUUAUUAUGUAAAUAUUUCAAUUGUAUUUUAUAUUUUAAUUUUGUAAAUCCUAACAAGUGAUUAUUGUUCGUACACGCCAUGCAUAAAAACGAAGAUUAUCAGUGAAGAAUUUACGGGACAAUCAUGACGAAUGCAAUUGCGUGUAUAAGAAGAAUACGACGAGGGUUUCUGAUUCGAAAUGAUAGAUAAUAUAAUUAAUUUACCAAUCGACGAGAGUGUCUUUUUUUCUAAAAGGACAUUGAUUUAAUUAACCGUUUAAUGAAUGCAAAUAUACAUAACGAUGAUAUAAUUAUAUCUAUUAAUCAAUAGUGUAUUUAUAGAUUUGAUUGUUAAGACAGAA